UUCAUAACCUAUCAAGUAACCAUAAAUCCUAUUUUAACCUGUAUUCUUCUAUAUGCACACGCAUAAAUUGCUCUGUAGUACAUGCAUACCCUACCUAUACUCUAUCUAUCUGCCUGUUUGCUACAACCCCUCCACACCUACGGUUUAAACAAACUGCCAACAUAACUCAGCCAAUCGUUUUAAGAACGCUUCCUAAUUCUGACGUAUUCACCGACUCUCAUCAUAUACUUUCUUUUGACGCUCUAUUCUUUCUCUGAAAACGUUUAUCAGUUGUAUCUUAUAAUUUAUAAGAACAACCAAGUGAUAUAUACAAGGAAAGCAUCAUGGCGUCUCCACCACCGAACACCGCUGUUCCCCGCAGCGACUCGCCAACAAGAUCCCCGCGAUCAGCUUCGAUAUCGUUGCAAGCAGCCGCGACCAUGAAUGCUGGACUUCAACACGAAUCUCCACGAAGAUCGUCAAGCAGCUCCAUCUCUCGAAACCAACACUCCCCAAAUACCGGUCGACGACGUUCCGCCGUACUCAUGAACCUACAACUUAACGACCCUUCCGUGCCUUCGCCAGGCGAGAUGGUCAACGAACCGUCUGGCCUACGGACUGCGAGCCCGCAACCUCUUUCUGGAUCUCCCCUGACGGGUGAUCCCCGUCAUCAUAGAGCACCCAGCCUGGGUGAACUGCAUCAAGAGCUUGAGGCAGAGCAAGAAGCUCAUGUGAAUCGCCUCUUGCAGAUGAUCCGACAGCAGCAGCUCGAACUCCAGCGCCUUCAAGCUGCCAACCCCCAUAACCAGAACCAGAGCUCGGCUGUAGAGGAUAGCUCUGCCAUUUCCGAGCGGUCAGGUCACGGAACCCCCCACGCCUCCAGCUCUCAUGUCUCGAUCCCUCCUGUUCCAACCGGCGGAUCUGGUUCUCGCUCCAAUAGCUAUCGUCACCCUCGAAGCUCGUUCGAUCUCGCCCGUGCCGACCUCCAACGACGAUCUCGAACACCCAGUCGUAGUGGUGCCUCCCCACGACUUCGCGCAACUUCCAUAGGUGGAAAUAGUGAGGAUUUGGUUCUGGGUGGUCGCGAUGAAAGCGCAUUUUAUCAGGCUGAGACACAGAUGCUGGUUCGUGAGAACCAGAUGCUUCGUCACAGAGUACGAGAGCUAGAGAAACAACUGACGGACCUCGGGACUGGGUCGCCGGCUCCUCAUGAGCCACCUCACCACUCAAACCUCACAAGAUCUUCUACGACAGUAGAUAAGGAGGAAGACAAGUCCAUCGCCGAGGAAGCCAAACCUUGAAGAAGCUGGCUCAUAUUUUAUCCGAUGCUUAAAACACAAAGCAUGUUGAAUGUUAUGGCGUUAGGCGAUCAAGACGGAGGGUAUGGGAGCCGACUUUCCAGUGGCAAUUGAAACCAGCUCGAGACAAAUAUGGCGUUAUGGAUUCACUCUAUGUAUAUUAUCAUGAGUUUGAUCACUUGAGAGGAAGAAUGGGGUAGUCAUAUGGACCUGAUAUGGUGAAAA